AAUGCGCAAGCAUAUCAAAAAUUAUAGUUCUGAUACCGACAAUGAUGAUGUUUCUACCGAACCUAUUUCCUCAAAGUUAAGUAGCUUGGAGAAUUAUGAAAAAGUGCUUCCAGUCCAACGUCAUCCAGUUUUUCACUAUUGACGAGAAGACAAGGAGAUAGAGACGAUGUCUAACUAAAAUCGCGACUGGAUUCAUUCGUUGUCAAAACAACAUGUAGCGAGAAGAAAAAAAUUGAUAUCCAAGUAGCACGUUUUGUUUAUACCACAAACUGUGCUUUUAGAGCAGUGGAACACCCCGAGUUUAAGCGGCUAAUGGAAAUGUUGCGUCCAGGAGAUCAGCCAGCUAAUCGUCAGCAAAUAGCAAACGAACUUUUUAGUAACGUAUACACAACUUUACAAGUAGAGAUAAA